GAUAAAUAAUGGAUCAAAAAUACAGUAAAGAAUUUAUACUACAUCUUUUUUUGCAUUCACGGCAUAUAAAAUACGAAAAUAAUGGCCAAUCAGUCAUAUAUUGUGGAUAUAUUUUACCAUCAGUAUUGGUCCGAUUAUAGGAUAUUACCCCAGAAUCUAACACAUGACCAAAGAAUAGUAUUGGAUAAUAAAUGGAGACAUAAAUUAUGGAUUCCUGACUCGUAUUUCAAGAACGCAUUGAGCGGUCACGUGACUGAUAUAAUAUUCCCGACACUAUAUUUUGCGGUUCACAAUCAGACGGAAGUAUUUAUGGCUUCUCGGGUAUCACUACAGUUGAGCUGUGAUAUGGAUUUCGCCAAAUUUCCUCACGACACCCAAACAUGUCAUAUAGACAUUAUGUCACUGUCACAUAAUAUGAAAACAGUGAUCCUCUCGUGGAAGGAGUUUUACAUCACUCCUUACUUACAUCUGCCACAAUUCUGGUUAGCCGGGUAUUCACACGAGACAUGUAUGAGAAAUUACGCCAUCGGAAACUUCUCGUGUCUGAGAGGGACUCUACAGCUGAAGAGACAGCUCGGCCUCUAUAUCGUCAAGAAGUAUAUCCCCAGCACUUUGAUUGUCGUCAUGUCUUUCGUCGGCUUUUGGAUACCCGUCACCGCAUAUCCGGCCAGAGUUGCGCUCGUCAUAACAGCUUUGUUGGCAUUAAUAACACAACAACACCAGAGCAGUGAAGUGAACGUCUCAUACGUGAUAGCGUUAAACGUAUGGAUGAUUAUAUGCAUAGCGUUUGUAUUCUUUGCGCUCAUAGAGUAUGCCAUCGCUAUUGCCUAUUGUGAGGCCUUUUACCGACUCAUCACUACCAACGAUGACAACCAUCACAACCAUAAACCAAAUAACAUAGAAAUACAGUCGGCUUUUGAGCCAAAAAGUGGCGGCGAAUUGAAGCGACACAAGAAAGCGAAAUGGAUUCACCACAUGAUCGACACGUCCAGCGGUGGUCACAUCAAGUUGACCAACAUCUUGGACACCGACCCCCACCACAUGCCCGCCAACACCGUUGACAUCAUCUCCCGAUACCUCUUUCCCAUCGCUUUUAUUGUUUGCGUCUUUUUCUACAUAUUAUAUCUCUAUGUCCUCUAA